AUGUGUUCCACAUCUGACAAUCAAGGAAGCCGAACAAUCGACGACAAAUUCAAGAAAAAUCUUCUUCGAUCCCUAAACGAACUGAGGCAAGCUCGCAUUCUUUGUGACGUAUUCAUUCGUGUUGACAAAACGUUAGAGUUUCCAGCUCACCGUUGUGUUUUGACUGCAGGCAGCGUUUAUUUUAAAGCUCUGUUCUCGGAUGAUUUUCGUGAGAGAAGGAGCGGUGUGGUGGAGUUGGAAGGGAUAUAUGACAUGGACAAAGUCCUUGAAUUUCUUUACACGGGUGAGGUGGAGAUAAAUGAAUCCAGUGCACAAGAUUUAGUCAUGGCUGCCGAUUACCUGAAUAUUCCAGCCUUAAAAUUACACGCUGCUUUCGUGUUAGAGAAGUCCAUCAACGUGUCAAAUUGUCUCUCCCUACAGACGUUUUCUACUCGGUUCGACUGUGCUCUGUUAAAAGAAUCGUGCACCUUCUUCAUAAAUCAAAACUAUCCUCUUGUAACAAAAUCGGACGCGUUCAAAGAAUUGAGUUUCGAGGCACUGAUUGAGUAA